AUGGCGAGUGCCAACGACGGAGCUGAGGUCCGCGAGGUCCGCGUGGCGGGUGAGGUGAACCGCAUGAUCCAGAGCGAAGUGGCUGCGCUGUACCUGCGGCUGGAGGCGCUGCGUGCGCACGUGCGCUUCCCGUCGUUUGCGCCCGUCGAUCUCCCGAUGGUCUUAGUACUGGGGAACCACUCGUCGGGCAAGAGCACGUUUAUCAACCACAUGCUGGGCCAGAGCGUGCAAAAGACAGGGCGGGCACCGACCGACUGUACGUUUACGGUCCUCGCGGGGGGCACGCGAGACGAGCGACUGGACGGCGCAGCGCUCGUGCGUCACGCGCAGUACGGCUUUGGAGACGUCGAGCGGCUGUUUGGUCGAGACUUUGUGUCGCAAGUAGAGCUCAAGGUCGUGGCCGGGAGUCAAUUGCUGGACGAAGGCGGACUCAUGAUUGUGGAUUCGCCGGGGAUGAUUGACCCUCCCGGGACGUCGCUCGACCGCACGGACAAGGACCGCGGCUACGACUUUAAGCGGGUGGUGCAGUGGUUUGCAGACCGAGCAGACGUGGUCCUGGUCAUGUUUGAUCCAGACAAACCUGGCACGACAUUUGAGACGCUGGACGUGCUGACCAAGUCGUUACAAGGGAUGAGCAGUAAGGUCCUGCUGAUUCUGAACAAAGUCGACGAUUUCCAGACCGUGCACGACUUUGCUAGAGCUUAUGGGGCUCUGUGCUGGAACUUGAGCAAAGUCAUUGGACGCAAGGACUUGCCGUUCAUCUAUACGAUGUACGUGCCGCAAGAUAAACGAGACGCAGUGGGCCGGUCACUGACGGCUGCGCAGCAGAAGGACGAGACGAUGUUUAACGUGCCCAAGAUGCUAGAGCAUGAGUUUGAUGGCAUGCGCGGCGAAGUGAUUCGUGAAGUCGAACGAGCACCGGACCGUGCGACGGACAAUGUGCUGAACCUACUGAAGGCGACGGCAUUGAGGUUGAAGAUGCAUUUGACACUAGUGGAAGCUUGUAAAAACGAGUACCUGGAUUUGCGCACAUUUUGGAAGCGAGCACAGACAGCAGGUAUCGUGGCAGCAGUUGGUUUCACGGCAUUCUACUUGAUUCGAACGGUGGGCACACGGAUGUCCUUGGAGCCAUUGACUGUGGAAGACCUGACACAGAGUAUGCAACCACCAGCAGCUCCGCCUACAGCGUCGGGUGUAGCGUCUAUCAAGCCCUCUAGUACUGGUAAUGCAUGGGAGAAGAACUGGAUAAAGCAAGUGGCGCACUCGCGCUCGCAGUUUAAGUUUAGCACGCUCUGCAAGAUCGUGCUGUCGUGCUGCGUGUCAAACUUGGCGCUCUGGAAGGCGUCCGUACUCAACCUGAAGUUCAAGCGCGAUAGCGUUCUUCAGUGGCUGCCCUCCACAUUCCAGCGCGUGUACGGUCCGUUCCUCUGCAAGUCUGAUCGCGCACAUGCUGAAAUUAUGGCGCAGUGGAACGUCGUGCAGCCAGGUCUGAAGUUGGCUCUAUCGUCUACAGAGCUGGAGGCGUUUCCCGCAAUCGAGGCGAUGCACAUGACGUUUUUGGACGAUGUCCUGAAUUUGCACGUUCCGCGACUCGAUCGUUGUGUGCGUGAUCGCACGGGAGAUGACCACGUCUACCUCCGCUUCAAGCAUCGUAUCAACUUUGCGUCAAGCAGAUCCGAAGCACCGACUCCAUCUGCAACAGAGUUGACGUGA